CUACUGGCAACACUGAGUACCUGAGUUAUUUUAUUAUUUUUAUGUUGGCGGUCUACUAACUUAAUACCCAAAAAGAUAGCUAAAAUGUCACUUGUCAUUUCUGUCAACUUUCUUUACAUGGCUGUUGCCGAAUCCACCACGUGUGUGGAAAAUAGAUUUGUUGAAUUUUGAGUGUAAAUACGUGAAUAAAAAAUGCCUUUAGCGAUUGAUUUGCUUCAUCCCUCGCCCGAAAAACAGAGGAGGGCACACAAAAAGAAGAGAUUGGUUCAACACCCCAAUAGUUAUUUUAUGGAUGUAAAGUGCCCAGGUUGCUAUGCCAUCUCAACAAUUUUCUCACAUGCACAGUCAGCUGUCCCAUGCAAGGGGUGUUCCACAAUCCUGUGCACAUCAACGGGUGGUAAAGCUCGACUCACUGAAGGAUGCAGUUUCAGGCGUAAACAAUAUUGAAAUGUUUUAUAAAGUUAAAUUAAUGUACCUUUAAGUUACGUUUUCUAAAUAUACGCUCUGACUGUGUCCAAACAGUAUUCCA